UUUACGCGAGAGUCGCUUCACGCGUUUGAAAUUCCAUCGAAGACUUACAGUUGAUCGGUAUAACGUGCGAGAACUUGAUACGCGUGAUCAUUUGCAUACGAUUACAAAUCGUUUAUCACUCGAAGCCAUCGUUUCCUCGUGCUUAAACUUUUAGUGCGUUAUCACUCUGCUCUACAACUGCGAUGCUAGGCGAAUUAAGAAAGUGCUGUGUGAAUAUUCCUCAACGAUGGAUUUUCGCGCUGAUGUGCUUCUUCGCGUUGUUCAACGCCUACGCCAUGCGAGCUUGCCUGUCGAUUGCUAUAACGGAGAUGGUGGUGCCGACGACGAUCGCGGAGGACAUUCUGGAUGACACCUGCCCAGCAACGGACGUCGAAGUGCCCUCCAACGAGACGGUGCAAAUCAAAGGAACUUAUGAGUGGGACGAGUAUACUCAGGGCCUCAUACUGUCCUCCUUCUACUGGGGCUACAUCGUCACGCAUCUACCGGGUGGCAUGAUAGCCGACACAUACGGCGGCAAGUACACUCUGGGUAUCGGUAUCCUCCUGACCGCCAUCUUCACCAUUUUGACUCCGGUCGCCGUGUACUGGGGAGACUCGGACGCCCUGAUCAUCCUUCGAGUCCUCAUGGGUCUCGGCGAGGGAACCACGUACCCGGCGAUCAACGUACUGCUGGCCCAGUGGACACCUCCCGAGGAAAGAUCGAGAACCGGUUCGUUCGUCUACGCCGGUGCUCUGAUCGGCACCGUCUACGCUACCACUGUCUCCGGCUUGAUCCUGCACUACUCCAGCGUAGGCUGGCCCAUGGUCUUUUACGUGAUCGGCACCACGAGCAUCAUCUGGUUCGUCAUCUGGCUGCUGGCCUGCUACAACAGUCCGCGAGACCAUCCCUUCAUCUCCAAAAACGAGGUGGACUACCUGAAGGAGCGCAUGAGCGAGCACACGCACGAGAAGCCGCCGGCGGUACCCUGGCGUCACAUCCUCGCAUCCAAGCCUCUCUGGGCCGUGAUAAUCGCGCUGAUCGGCUUCAACUGGUCCAUCCUUACGAUCGUUACCGAUCUGCCGAAGUACAUGAGCGGCGUGCUCAAGUUUUCCGUCCAGAACAACGGUUACCUCACCUCACUCGUCUACCUCUGCAUGUGGAUCGGCGGUACCAUCAGCUCUUGGCUGGCGGACUACCUCAUAGCCAAGGAGCUCAUGUCCAUGACGAAGGUCAGAAAGAUCGGCUCCAUCAUCGCUCUGACCUCUUCGGCGAUCUUCAUCGUCGCUGCAUCGUACGCCGGCUGCGACAGAGCACUGGUGGUCGGUAUGUUCACCAUCGGCAUGACCAUAAUGGGCUUCGCCUUUCCCAGUGUCAUGGUCAACGCUCUGGAUCUGAGUCCGAACUACGCCGGGACGCUGAUGGCUCUGACCAACGGCAUAUCGGCACUGACCGGUAUCGCAUCGCCGUACAUAAUCGGUAUCAUGACGCCGAAUCAGACCCUCAGCGAGUGGCGCUUCGUCUUUUGGAUUCUCUUCGGGGUGUCGUCGGUCAGUAAUCUCGUGUUUCUCCUCUACGGCAGCGGCGAGGUGGAGUACUGGAACGACCCGGAGUUCGUCAACGCUGAGUACGAGAGGAGAAAGAAGAAGUCCAUCGAGGAAGUCAGAGUCGCGUAGCUCCCAUAUAUCUAUGUAUUAGCGUUUGAUUCCUCUGCUGUAAAUUUAGCAACGAAGUGUCUUUAUUUCGGAAAGCGAAACAAAGCGCGAGGAGAUAAAAAUAUACUCCGAGCAUUACAGAGUUGACGGCAGGGGAUUACGAAUGCGUCCGUUUUUGUUUAAUACUUCUCAAAAUACCUUUAAAAUUUAUCGUAGAAGAGAGUUCUAAGUUAUAUGGAUCGUAAAUUUAAUUUUAAGUUGAGAGAAAACGUAACUUAUUCAUAUACAUCAGGCUCUGUGCUUGAUUUGUAAGUUAUAAAAAGGUGUUGAAAUACAGUUGCGACCCAGCGAUUGUCGGCUAUUGACAUUAGAGUAAUUAUGUAAACAAUAAGCUCGAUUUUUCGGCGAGACGUCUGGCCGAGAGCGCUAAAGCAAUAUUUGCGCGAUCCUCGACGGCACCGAUGUAUUCGAAAUUUCUGUACACGCAGUUAUGUUCAACUACUUAUACUGCAGAGUGAUUAUUGAAAUGAAAAGAGGAAUAAAGAAAGAUUCACAAAGCACAAA